CUCUCUCUCUCUGUCUGUCUGUCUGUCUGUCUCUCACUCUCUGUCUGUCUGUCUGUCUGUCUGUCUGUCUGUCUGUCUGUCUGUCUCUUUCACUCUCGCUGACAGUGGUGACUGUAUUAAGAUUUUGCAGAUGUGAUAUUAAAGUUAGCCAUUGAACAUUUGUCAUGUCUUUGAGCUUUUGUGUGUGUGUGGACUCAUUCGUCCCUGUGAUUUCCAGAAUGAGGUGAUGUGUUGUUUUUCUCUUGACCUUUGACCUGAUGUGACAGUAACUCAUAGGUUGUGUGUAUUCUGUGAGGAGAAGCGGACAGGGAUGGGUUUGGGGGUCUUCACAGAAAACACACAUGUGCUGUUAAAGGGGACGUGUUGGACGGAGUCAGACAGAGGCAGCAUGCUCGUGUCAUGUGUUCGCGUGGGAUCUUCUGCUCUCGGUCGAUCGCUGUGUGUGCGUCCGGUCAUCAGGAGAUCCCGCAGCAGUGCUGGAGGACCGCGACGCUUUCAGGACAUCCCUCACACCGGCUCCAACGGCUGGAUCAACCUUCUGAGAUUCUGGAAAGAUGGAAGAUUCAGUCAGCUCCACAAACACAUGGAGAACACCUUCAGACAACUCGGACCCAUUUACAGAGAAUAUCUGGGCUCUCAGAGCAGUGUUAACAUCAUGAUGCCCGUAGACAUCGGGGAGUUGUUCCGUUCGGAGGGUUUGCACCCGCGCCGCAUGACUCUACAGCCGUGGGCCACACACAGAGAGACACGCAGACACAGCAAAGGCGUCUUCCUCAAGAACGGACCGGAGUGGCGUUCUGACCGGCUGCUGUUGAACAGAGAAGUGAUGGUCAGUUCAGCCGUGCGCCGCUUUCUGCCGCUUCUGGAUGAUGUAGCUCAGGAUUUCUGUCAUGCUCUGAGACAGCGGCUGGAGACCAAAGGCGUGGGGGAGACCGGCCAGCGCAGUUUGACCCUUGACCCCAGCCCUGACCUCUUCCGCUUCGCUCUGGAAGCGAGCUGUCACGUUCUGUACGGCGAGCGGAUCGGCCUGUUCUCCUCCAAACCGUCUGAAGAGUCCGAGCGCUUCAUUUGGGCCGUCGAGCGCAUGCUGGCCACGACCCCCCCGCUCCUCUACCUGCCCCCCCGCCUGCUGCUGCGUCUGCACGCACCCCUGUGGACUCAACACGCCACUGCAUGGGAUCAUAUAUUCAGUCACGCGGAGACUCGCAUUCAGAGGGGCUUCCAGCGUCUUCAGAGUCGCUCCGGCGGGCCGCCUGGAGGAUCUGACGAGCGGUUUCCGGGUGUGCUGGGUCAGUUAAUAGAGGCGGGGCAGUUGUCAGUGGAGCUGAUCAGAGCAAACAUCACAGAACUGAUGGCCGGUGGUGUUGAUACUACCGCCGUCCCGCUGCAGUUUGCUCUCUUCGAGCUGGCGCGCAACCCUGACGUACAGGAGCGCGUUCGCACACAGGCGCUGUCGUCAUGGAAACAGGCGGCAGGGAAUCCCCAGAAGGCCCUUCAGGGGGCGCCACUGCUGAAAGGAACGGUGAAGGAGACGCUGAGACUCUAUCCGGUGGGCAUCACAGUUCAGAGAUAUCCUGUGAAAGACAUCGUCCUCCAGAACUAUCACGUACCAGCGGGGACGUUGGUUCAGGUGUGUCUGUAUCCUCUGGGACGGAGUCACGAGGUCUUUGAGAAUCCUCAGCGCUUUGACCCCGCCCGCUGGGGAGGAGCUGACAGAGGGCGGGACACUGAGAAUGUGACCAUGAAGACGGGUUCAGGAGGGGGCUUCCGCUCGUUGGCAUUCGGGUUCGGCUCAAGACAGUGUGUGGGCCGCAGAAUCGCAGAGAACGAGAUGCAGCUGCUGUUGCUACACAAGCAGCUGUUGGACGCGUCUAUGGCCGACACGUUUCUGGAGCAUCUGUGUUUACUGGACAUCGAUCAGGAACCGAUCACAGCGCGCAACACCAGCAUCAUCUGCACCAUCGGCCCCGCCUCCAGAUCGGUCACAAAGCUGCAGGAGAUGAUCAGAGCUGGAAUGAACAUCGCCCGGCUGAACUUCUCUCACGGUUCUCACGAGUAUCACGGAGAGACCAUCCGUAACAUCCGUGAGGCUGUGGAGACCUUGACCUCUGACCCUCUGUACUACAGACCUGUGGCCAUCGCCCUGGACACUAAAGGACCAGAGAUCCGCACAGGACUCGUUCACGGGUGUGCAGACGCUGAGGUGACAUUAGAGCGCGGAGCAACAGUCCGGAUGGUAACGGCUGAUUCACAUCGUGAUAAGACAGACGGAUCUGUGAUCUGGGUGGAUUACAGCAGUCUGCCUCGUGUACUCAAGCGAGGAAGCAGAAUUUAUAUCGAUGAUGGUCUGCUUGCCCUCAAAGUCCUGGACAUGGGUGAGACGUGGGUGGAGACUCGUGUCGAGAACGGGGGGAUUCUGGGCAGUCGUAAAGGUGUGAAUCUGCCCGGGGCGGAGCUGGUGAACCUGCCCGCUGUGAGCGAGAGAGAUCGUUCUGACCUGCAGUUGGGCGUGGAGCAGGGUGUCGACAUCGUCUUCGCCUCCUUCAUCCGCUCGGACGAUGACGUGCGGGCCGUUAGAGAGGCGCUGGGACCCAAAGGCAAAAAUAUCAAAGUCAUCAGUAAAGUGGAGAGCAGAGAGGGCGUACAGAACUUUGAUGACAUUCUGAAGGAGUCUGAUGGUGUGAUGGUCGCCCGCGGUGAUCUGGGCAUCGAGAUCCCUGCAGAGAAAGUCUUCAUCGCACAGAAGAUGAUGAUCGGACGCUGUAAUUCUGCAGGCAAACCUGUUAUCUGUGCUACGCAGAUGUUGGAGAGUAUGAUUCAUCACCCGCGACCCACCCGCGCAGAGAGCAGUGAUGUGGCCAACGCUGUGCUGGACGGAGCAGAUUGUGUCAUGUUGUCUGGAGAAACAGCUAAAGGACACUUCCCUGUGGAAGCCGUCGCUAUGAUGCACUCGAUCUGUCGUGAGGCGGAGGCGGCCAUCUUUCACCAGCAGCUGUUUGAAGAACUGCGGCGUUUAACUCCUCUGAGUUCUGACCCGACAGAAGUCACAGCCAUCGGAGCGGUCGAGUCUUCCUUUAAAUGCUGCGCGGGAGCCAUCAUCGUCCUCACCACCACCGGCCGAUCAGCUCAUCUGUUAUCUCGAUAUCGUCCUCGCUGUCCGAUCAUCGCAGUCACUCGCAACACUCGGGUUUCCCGUCAAUCACAAUUGCUCCGUGGUGUUUUCCCCGCCCUUUUCCAAGCUCCACCCAGUGCCGUCUGGGCUGGUGACGUAGACAACCGAGUGACGUUUGCUAUGGACAUUGGUAAAGCGCGGGCCUUCUUUAAGCCGGGUGAUAUGGUGAUAGUGGUGACCGGAUGGAGUCCCGGAUCAGGACACACAAACAUCAUGAGGGCGGUCACAGUGCCCUGAAGCCCUGCCUCCGAUUGGUCAGAGUGUUUGAUUGACAGUCAAUGAUAUGAGUUUACUCUCACAUGCUGUUUGUGUUGUGUUGAGUUGUGUUUGUGUUGAACUUCAGCGUGUCAUAUCUGAUUGUUUCAAUAAAAUGAAAAC